CCGUUGGAAGGAGGUGGCUUCGCAUUCCCCAGACUGCAUCUUCCACCUAAAGCCAUUCAGAAGGCCAAGGAAAUGGAAAUGCAACCAGAUUUUUCUACUGAGACUCCUGGAGGAAGCUGGUGUGUUAGUCAAACAUGGCAUGGAGAACGGACCAAAGGAGGGCACCCACAUCAGAUUCUGCAUUAUGAACCCCGAGGACACCAUGGAAGAAAUACUGAGCCGCCUGAGCAGCUUUCACACAGUUUAUGAAAGACUUUUCUGA